AUUUCCAGAACUCUCUCUCUCUCUCUCUCUCUCUCUCUCUCUCUCUCACACACACACACACACACACACACGAGACGCUGCUGCUGAUGAUUGAAGAAACGUUUCGAGCUAUGAUACAGUUCAGAUGUAGAGCUAAAUAAUGCAGUCCAACAAAUAGAGUAUUCCGAAAAGAACCUAUUUUAGAUUGGUGGAAAUUGACACAUGCUCUUUUGUAAUAAUCCCUAAAAGUAUUAUCUACCUCAGCAAAUGGGUCGACGACGACAGUUGAUAUGGGCAGUCCAUAUGGCAUGUUGCACGCCUUAUCCAGUAGAGUAGGCAGUUGAAGCUUGCAUGCCGUUGAUACCUGUCUUUUAAAUGAAUCUUCAAUUUCACAGAUAUAUUCCUUGGUUUGGAUCCCAUCCAAACAAGGCUAUAUCAUCACCUACCAUGUCUACUGGCACCCUGUUGGAGGCACCUAAAGAGAAUGCUAUUAUUGAUGCCAAAUUCUGGAAAUGGUCUCUUUUCUCAUUUAUUCCCUGGGCUAUCAGAGCCAGUGAAAAAAUUCAGUUGCCGACAACUGUUAAUAGAAAGCUAAAGAAGCACGCACAACCUCGUGGAAGCAUUGAAUCUAUCACUCAGUACUCAACUAUACGUUUCAGACCAUAUGUCUCAAAGGUACCAUGGCAUACAGGUCCAAGAGGUUUUCUAUCUCAGUUAUUUCCACGAUAUGGACAUUACUGUGGGCCUAAUUGGUCCAGUGGCAGAGAUGGAGGUUCUCCUAUUUGGGACAAACGUCCAAUUGAUUGGUUGGACUUCUGCUGCUAUUGCCAUGAUAUAGGUUAUGACACUCAUGACCAGGCUGAGCUUCUGAAGGCAGACCUGGCAUUCUUAGAGUGCUUGGAGAAGCCGAACAUGAGUACAAAAGGAGAUCCACAGGUUGCUUGCCUUUAUAAAUUCAUGUGCAUCUCAGGUCUUAGAAAUAUACUAAUACCUUACAGACAGAACCUCGUGAAGUUGCAAUCAGGAAAAUUAUUCUUUCCAUCUGUAUGGCUGAGCAAUAUGCAAUGGAAUGGAUGGAACUUUGCUAAGACUAAAGGAUUCAGUACCGUGAAAACAUGACAUCCUAGGACAUAUAAGACAUGGUUAUAGCUGUUAGGUCUAGCUAUUGAAAUCAGAGCAGCAACAAAAUUGAGUGCCUAUAGACUAAAAAUGUUGAUCAUGUUGUAUGUGGAUUGUUUAGGCAGUGUCUCGUUGAGGUUUCCCGAACCUCGACAGAACGUUGUGAGUAAUGUAAAUAGUGUAAAUUAAGUUGCUAAUAUCCCAGUUCUUUUAGUAUUAGUAACAUGAGUGCAAAAUAGAUAUUUUAGUAAAA